GCCGACCAGACACCUCCCUCCACGCUCGUCCCGCACCUCCAAACGAUCCUCAAAGACGUCCGCGACACGCCCUAUCCAUGCCUGGAGUCGCCUGCACAGCUUAAGAGAGCCUCUGUAGCCUUCAUCCUCCGCAUCAAACCCUCCUACAGCCACUGGCCCGAGACAGAGACAGACGCCAGCUUCAAACCAGAUCUCGACUCCUUCUUCUCCCAAGACUGGCCCCAGCAUGGCGAGCCAGAAGUCCUGUUCAUCAAACGCGCCGCCCGAAAAGGCGAUCGCUGGACUUCGCACAUAGCACUGCCCGGCGGGAAACGAGACCCAACAGACGUUGACGACCAAGCAGCCGCGGUGCGAGAGGCGUGGGAGGAGGUGGGCCUGGAUUUGAACAAAUAUGCCAUCCCGUGCGGAAACCUCCCCCAGAGACUGGUUACAACACAUUGGGGAAAGAAACCACUACUGGUCCUCUGUCCCUACGUGUUCCUCCUCACAACGCACGAUGUUCCGGCUCUCAGACUACAGCCUACCGAAGUUGCCAGCACGCAUUGGGUGCCUCUCCGGAGCCUCCUGGACCCCCAGCAACGCACUAUAGCCUUCGAAGACGUCUCUUCCCGCCUCGCAAACCAAGAGACAGGCGUCAAGAGAUGGAUGCUCGCUACAAUUCUUGGUCGUAUGAUCUUCGCAGCUAUCAAUCUCGAGCCUACCGAGUCGCUAUACAGUGCCGAGUCUCCCUCAUCAGAAGUCACUUCGCAAGCCAAUCGCUAUGCUCAGCUCACAGCCAAAGACAGAUUCAGUAUUCUUGCAAGCCGAGUCUGGCGCGCAGAUGUGUUCAAUCAAUACCCGGCACCAAAGAAAGAUGGCCCCCUCUUGCUUUGGGGUCUGACCUUGGGUGUCGUUCAAGAUUUCUUGGAUUUGAUGCCCCCACAUAAUGCGCUCACGCUAUGGACGUAUCCGACUUUUACCCCUUUGGACGUGAGAUUGUGUAUUUGGCUUUUGACCUAUAGAUUUAAGCAUCGUAAAAGGGUGGAAUUGCAAUCUGGGUCGGAAUUUAGGGACAUCAGGCCGUCGUUUGGAGGAGCAUCUGAGACGGGUGUGCAGAAUGUAGAUCGCAGGUCUCGAACUGUGCCAGCAUCUGUGGAAGCUGAUAAGCCUCUUGAGAGCGGUGUCCACGGGCUAGGCACUGGACUCCGCUCGAAAAGGGCUGCUGUGGCAAAUAUGCUUGAAGGAUACUAUGAUAUCGUGAGGAGAGCUGUUGCAGUGGCUCUCAUCGGGAGAGCAGGGGUCAUACUUCUCGUGGGGCUGCUGCUUUGGCGGCGGUGG